AUGGCGGGCAUCCCGCAAGCAGUCAAUGUCCACAGCACCAGUCAAAUGACUGACAAUUUAAGCAGAAAUGAAAUAAUUCAAUGGGUUAAUCACUGUCUUAACAGCAGCUACGGUAAAGUAGAGGAGUUAUGCAGUGGAGCAGCUUAUUGUCAGCUGGUGGAUAUGCUCUUCCCAGGGACGUUGUUGUUUAAGAAAGUCAAAUUUAACACAAAGUUGGAGCGUGAGUACAUUAAUAACUUCAAAGUAUUACAAGCUCUUUUUAAAAAACAUGGCGUAGAUAAAGAGGUUCCAAUCGAAAAGUUAGUAAAAGGAAAGUUCCAAGAUAAUUUUGAAUUUCUACAAUGGUUUAAACGAUUUUUCGACGUAAACUAUGAUGGUCAUCUUUAUGAUGCCUUAACAGCUAGGGGAGGUGGGAAAAUUAUUGGCAGUGGGAAAACUCCAAACAAGUCUCAACUCGAUCAGCCACGCAAUAGCUUCUCAUCAAAUGCUAAACCCACAAGUCAGAAGCAAGUAGUUACAACUUUGCGCACCAGUCAGUCUGGCGUUUCAGGAACUCCUACUAAUAAUAAUCAUUAUUCUGCUGGAGAUAAUGCAGAAGUGGCCAUCCUGAAGCAACAAUUCGAUCAGCUUACAUUAGAGGCUGAACAAAACAAGACUACUAUUGAAGGUCUACUUCGUGAAAAGGAUUUCUACUUCAACAAGCUACGCAGCAUUGAAAUAAUUUGUCAGAAAAACAGAAAAGUAGACUUGACUAAGAGUAUCUUUGAAAUCCUUUACGCAACUGAAGAUGGUUUCGCUGCUCCCGAAGGUGAAGAACCGGAAGAAUUUUAG